UCGCUAUGGCAACAGGCGGGGUUUGCCGACAAUGAUAAGUCCUCCUCACUUGGCAUCCCCUCUCCAGACCUGCACGAUACUGCGUCACGCCCUGACUGGAAUGGAAGACAAGGACAAGAAAGGAAAUGAGGAGUACAUCGGCGAGAUAAAGGGUGGUCUGCGGCCUUCGAUGAAGCUGGUCGUGAUGGGGAUUGUUGACAAGAAACCCAAGAGCAUUGAGGUGGUGGUGUCCAGCGCACCUCAACAGAGGGAAUCGGAAAAAUCGGAGGAAUCGGAGGCAAUGGAGUCAGAAGGUGACGUGGGUCUCCAGCUGAAGGUCAGCUUCAUGGACAAAGCCGUCCAACGCAACGCGCGGCUGGCAGGAAAGUGGGGUGCCGCCGAAAACACGCUCUCCUUCUUCCCCUUUGCGCCCGGAGAGUCUUUUAAGAUGGAGAUCGUAUGCGAGCACCAGCAGUUCCGCAUCCUGGUGGACGGUCAGCCUCUUUGCGGCUUCACCCACCGCCUCCCGCAACUGGCCAGCUUGACGGCGUUACGAGUCUUCGGAGACGUCCAACUCACCAAGGUGGCUUAACGUCCCCGUCGGAACAACACGCAUUCGGAGACAGUGUAUCUGUUUAGAAUAGAUGCAUUUUGUCAAACACUUUGUAGAAGACAAAGUGCCUUCACUAACGUGCUGACUGAAUGUAGUCAUCGUUAUUGUCUUAAAGAAAAAAAAAAGCAACACAAGAAUGUGAACUGAAGCUAAUGUUGCACUAAACGAUUGCAAUAUUUUUGUGCUCACGCAAAUUAUAAAAAUGUGUCCAGUGGUGUUUUUAUUUUUGGUUGAUAGUGAUGAAGUAGGGAUUAACAUUUUCCUUGUCAUAUUAAAAAUUAGCUUCUUAUAUUAUGACUAUACUCUCUAUAGUCUGCUCAAAUUUUUGUAAUAUUUUCAUAAUAUUUCAAUUUGUAUCGAGCACUUCUAGUACUUGUGUUGAGAAUCACCGCAUUAGUUCGUACAAUUCUGUUCAUCUUUCCAACAUAAGCCUUCGAAAGGUCACACCCUUUUACUUGAUCAAACACUAUUUUCUUUGUGUGACUUUACUUCCCUGGAAUAAAAUCCCCUUGAUUGUUA